UGCUCGAAGGUGUGCAAAACCACUCAUACAACAUGGCGAAGAAUUGCAUAAAAUCGGUUUGCUCGUGAUUUGGUGCAAAAUAAUUUCGAAUUUUCUUUAAAAACGAGUUGUUUUCAAAAGUAAAAAAGGUGUAGGUAGUUAUUUAAAACAUUUAACCAUCCAGCAAAAGCUUAAACGCCCAUCUCCGGCGUCGGAUCGUGGUCCCGCAAAUGGAAACCCGCGACCGGUACAGGAGUCCUCCGCCGUCGAGGGGAGAUCGCGGGUACUGUGCCCAGGACGCUUGCAGGAAGCGAUCUAGGUCGAGGAUUGCUAGCGGGACGAAAAGGAAAAGAGAUUGGUGUGCAAGCCACUGUUAGAUCUGGAAGGUGAGAAGGGCAGACGAAGUGGACGCCGCAAACCCGUUCCGGCGGCCGCCGUAACCAACCCAUCUCAAAAGCGAUCAAGAUACAGCAACGUUUCGUUACGCCAACCUGGGAGUCAGCUCGUCAACCCCCUGAUACACCCACGCCGAGGAGCUCCACGUAACGCACGAUGAUCUGCUCGGAAGGAUGUCACAGCGCCGGCGGCCAAAGACAUUCUGUCGGACCUGAGCAGACUUCGGGCUGGUGCCGAGAUGACCCGGUUAACGCAGGAUCAGUUGCUGCAGGAAUCUCCAAAGAUUCGUUCCGGAAAGGAGUUGGUCGCGAUUCGGAGAGGACUGUUGGCUUGUUCAAGUGCUUACCGAGACCGGAGGCGUCGAUUGAGACCAGUUUUCGAUGGAGCUGGUUCUGCCAUCCACAUCUUCCAUCGAUCUGCCUGACCUCCAUUGGGGAUUGGUGCUACCUCCUAACCCACUUUCUUCGCGUCGGGCCACAUCGUCCUGCUCACGAAUAGGAGAACGUCGAACUCAGGAAGUGCACCUUGGCAGCGAAGUGAGUUAGCAACGAAUCAUUGCCACCAAGAUCCGGCCACUUACCAACGGCCUGCCAAAAGAGGUUCCCGCUGUCAAAUGCGAUUGCUUGUAAGAGUACUUAGAACUAGACUUAGAAUAUAAAUAAAAAACACACUCACAAAUAACAAACCCUCCCCGAAAAACAAAAACACUUUCAAAUAAAAAACGUAAAUUAGUAGCAUCAUAAAUAAAAACAUUGUAAUAAAUAUUGAAAGAAAAUUGAAACAGAAAUUUUACAUUAGCGAUACCAAAUAAAAAUAAAGCACGUUUCUAUUAAAAAUCAAAUGAAAAGUAUAUUAAAAACUAUGAAUUUGCAACAAACAUAUUAUAAGUGGGUGCAUAUUAAAAUCUGUGAGCAUUGCAUAUACUGUUCAUGUGCUGUGAACAUACAUUUUAUAUGCGUUAGCAUAUUUAAAAUUCAUAUCCAUGUAUACGUAAUGCUGAUAGAGUUUAUAUGCAGGGCUCACACCGUUUAUGUACAGAAGCAUUUUGCAAAAAUCUAUAUGCAAAACUAAUAGCAACAAUCAUGAUAUUUAUUUCAGUGUAUUAACUCUUA